AUGACAGCUGCACGAACACACAUUCAAGUGAUUCAGCAGAAAGUCAGCCAACGGCCCAAGCUCUGGCAGUGGUGUCGUGCUGGCGGCUUGGCAUCCACGAGCAGGUUUACCCAAUCCAGACAUCCAUGCAAAGGCCAAGGAGCAGCCCAUGCUGAGGCUGGCUCUGCUUGCCUUGGCCUUGCAGAAGUCGGAGGGCAUCGAAAGAACAGCAAGCUUUGGUAUGAGAUCCAGGCGCAGUACGCCAAGUUGCAGGAGGACGAGGUGGGGGCGGAGCUGUUUCCCACCCCAAUCUCUGCAGCAUCUCCGAGCAGUCACAGUCCCUCUGCGAGCACCGCGGCCAGUGCAUCCGAGGAGAAGUCGGAGAAGCAGACAUCACGGUUUUACAAGGACGGAUUCCAACGUCGGCACUGGGUACUGGCUUGCUGCUCGAUGAUGGUGAUGUGCGAAUGGCUAGAUCGCACGGUGCUGUCGAUCGCCAUGGAGUCCAUGAAGGAGGACUUCAAGUUGACGGACACGCAGGUGGGGCUCUUGGCCUCCGCCUCGCUGUGGAUUGUGCCUUUUGCCACGGGCUGCGUCGGUCGCCUUGCGGACCACGUCCCAAGGGCUCGGCUCAUUGGUGCCGGAGUCUUCGGUUGGGCCCUGGCGACCUUUCUUACCGGCUCCUCGCCGUCCUUCGAGGUACUUUUGCUCUGUCGCCUACUCGCCGGCGUGGCGAACUGCGCCGGCUACCCCGUGACUUUGGCCCUGCUCUCCGACUACUUUGCUGCCGAGGAGAUGGCGACGGCCAUGGGCUACUACCACGCGGGCAGUGCUCUCGGUGGCCUUGUGGGCUUUGCCGCUGGGGGAGUUCUGGUCACGUCCCGUGGCUGGAGAUGGGCCUUCUGGGUCGUCGCAUCCCCGCAGGUCAUCGUCGCGCUGCUCUUCUGUUUCACGGUGCCGCGAACGGCAGAGGAGGAACCUCCGAAGGAGGGUGUCUGCUCUGACGUGCGGCAGCUGCUAGCCCUGCGGCCUCUCAGGCUCCUGAUGCUGGGCGCAACGUGCACCGGAAUGCUUUCUGGGCAGGGUCGCUUCCUGUCGGCCUUCACCGAGCGUCGUCACGGUGUGGAAGCAGCACAGAUCGGCCUUGUCAUGGGCCCUGUACUGGGUGUUACAGGGGUGGUUAGCAGCUUUGUUAUCGGUCACCUGGUCGAUCGCGUCUUCCGCCGUCAUGGCGACAUCAGGGUCAACCUUUGGUUUGCAUCCUUCGGCGAUGUACUCGGAAUGCUGUGUGGCAUCGCCGCCAUCCUAGGGCCGUCCUUUGCUGUGCUGAUCUUCUUCACGGCCCUGGGUGUUGUGGUGGGCUGCUUUCGACAGGGCGUGCAGGCUGUCGUACAGAGGCUGGGCGUAGGCCGGCGAGGUACCGCCCAAGGGCUUCUGGAGACGUGCUGGUCGAUCGGGAUGGGCAUCGGUCCGUUUUUGGCUGGUGAGCUGAGCGACUUCAACCUGGCCCCGGACUGCGAUGACUCCUGCGCCCUCUCGAGGGCCCUCAUGCUCUUCGGCAGCUUCAGUCUGCUGGGCCGUGCCGCUUGCAACUUCGCUGCGUCGAUGUUCCUCUCCGACGGACUCCCGGCAGCUGAGGGUCGGUCGAACUCCGUCCGGAACCCCCGGCUCAUGCGCAAGGAUGCCCAGCUUGACGAUGGCUGGGCUCUGCUGUUGCAGGUCACAGCAAAUGGCAGCUUGCUCCAACAGAAGCAGAUGCCCGCGGUCAUGAACCCUGCUGCUGGAAUGGGCGGUGGAAUGUCCACGGGCAUGGCUAACGGCAUGUCCAUGGGUCAGGGCAAUGUUCCCUUCGCCAUGGGCACGUCUGAUGAUGAUGAUGAAGAGGAGAAGAAAUCAACAACCACACCAGCUCCCACCACGGCUGCUGCCACGACAGCGGCUGCCACGACCGCUGCGCCAACAACUGCAGCAGCCACCACUGCAGCAGCGACCACGGUAGCGGGAACCACCAAAGAGUCCGAGGACAAGGAGAAGGACGGGGAAGGAAAGGCAUCAAAUUCCAGUGGAGCCAAUGCGACACCGCCUGUGGUCGUUUCGGCUGCUGCGCCCCCUGCUGGCAGCAAAGAGGAAGCAGCCCAAGCGCAGGCCGAGCAGAAUGGUGGCGGCGGUGGCCUCACCUGGCUCCUGAUGCCCGUGAUUGGUGUGCUCUUGGUGGUGGCCGGCGUCUUUGCCAUCAAGAGAUGGAGGGAAAGAGGUGAUCGCCAGUCCUUGGGCCUCGCACCGAAAGGGUUCGAUUGGGAUUUAGGGAUGUUCGGAUUGGCGUUUGGGUUUGCUGCGGCUGUCAGCUUGAGUUUAGGAAGAACUGCGUUUUUGUUUCAGUUUUUUUUGCCAUUCGGCAUUGAGACCAUAAUCUUCCGGCAUUCAGCAUGUGGGAAUAAGCUUGCGUCUAACGCAAUUCCUGAACACUGGGCACGCUACCGACGACUGUACAUCCUCCAUUGCACCGGUUUUCAACUUGUUCCGUAUGGUCGGCCGUGUUUCACCCGCCCUCUGGAACAUCUGCUUCUGUUCGUGCGUGCUUAUAGGGACUCUGUGGGGCUGCCGCAGAGAAGGGGGCUUCCUCUGACAAACUGGUCACCGCUGGAGGCAAAGACCGGCGGUCAUCUGCCGAAGACGAGCGCCGCAAGUCGAUGGACGCACAGGCUGCUGCAACAAGAAUGA